AUUCAACGCCGUGGUCGUCGAAUGGCUCAAUUUCAACGUUUGUAAGCUUGAACCACUCCACUAAACCUUUUGCUAUGAAUAGCAUAUAUAACGCGAACGUACCCUCCUCUUGGCUCAAUCUGUAGUCCUUUUCUAGUGCUACUAGCAGCACCCUUCCUUAUGUGCCUCCUUUCAGUCUCCUCGAUUGUUACUGCAAGGAUCGAAAGUUUUGUCAAACUCUUGGGGUUUUGAGGGCUUGAAUCUGCAUCGAAGAGCAGCUGGAUGCAGCCGACUUGACGGUUGCGUUGCGAUUGCAUUCUUAGUAGCGUGCUUGGAUUGAUAGUUUAGAAAGUGUGGAGAUGGCGGGCACAAUAACGAUGGAGGCGGCGAGUUUGGCCUCAAUGUUCACGUUCAACAAUAUCGUGCAAGGAUUAUGCGUGGCGGUGUUUUUGGGGAUUGUCAUCAUGAAGCUGAGGGCUCCCAAGUUGAAGCUGCCCCCCGGUCCCUUUGCCCUUCCCAUUGUCGGCAAUUGGCUCCAGGUUGGAGACGACUUGAACCAAAGAAAUUUGGCCGAGAUGUCGCAGAAAUAUGGGGAUGUUUUCUUAUUAAAAAUGGGUCAGCGAAAUCUGGUGGUGGUCUCUUCCCCUGACAUUGCAAAGGAUGUUCUUCACACACAAGGGGUCGAAUUUGGCUCGCGAACUCGCAACGUGGUUUUCGACAUCUUCACGGGUAAUGGACAGGACAUGGUGUUCACUGUCUACGGGGAGCACUGGCGCCGUAUGAGGCGAAUCAUGACAGUGCCAUUCUUCACCAACAAGGUAGUCCAGCACUCACGGUACGCGUGGGAGGAGGAAACUGACUACGUCAUCAAGGAUUUAAAGGCUCGCCCUGAAGCUGCCACAUCCGGCGUGAUAAUUCGAAGGAGGUUGCAGCUUAUGAUGUACAACAUCAUGUACAGGAUGAUGUUUAACUCCAGGUUUGAGACUGAGGAUGAUCCUUUGUUCGUAAAGUUGAAGGCACUUAACGGGGAGCGCAGUCGGUUGGCUCAAAGCUUCGACUAUAACUACGGCGACUUCAUCCCCAUCUUGCGACCAUUUCUGAAAGGCUACCUUAAGACGUGCCAGGACGUGAAGGACCGGCGAUUGGCUCUCUUCAAGGAACAUUUUGUCGAUGAGCGAAAGAAGUUGAAUAGCGUGAAUCCUCCCAAGUCCGAAGCUGAGAAGUGCGCCAUCGACCACAUCUUAGAGGCACAAAAGAAGGGAGAGAUCAACGAAGACAAUGUUCUGUACAUAGUGGAGAAUAUCAAUGUCGCAGCUAUUGAGACAACUCUCUGGUCUAUUGAGUGGGGAAUUGCGGAGCUUGUGAACAACCAGGAGAUUCAAACCAGGAUUCGAAAUGAGCUCGACUCCAUUCUUGGAAAGGGCAAUUUGGUGAGCGAGCCUGACACCUACAACAACAAGCUGCCAUACCUGACAGCCUUCGUAAAGGAGGUGAUGCGCCUUCACAUGGCCAUCCCCCUUCUCGUCCCUCACAUGAACAUCAACCAAGCCAAGCUCGCUGGUUACGACAUCCCCGCCGAGAGCAAGAUCCUCGUGAACGCGUGGUGGAUUGCCAACAACCCUAAAUACUGGGACCAGCCAGAGAAGUUCAUGCCUGAGCGGUUCUUGGAUGGAAAGAUCGAAGCCUCUGGAAACGACUUCCGCUUCUUGCCAUUUGGCGUCGGGCGACGGGCGUGCCCCGGAAUCAUCAUCGCCAUGCCCUUGUUGGCCAUUGUGCUCGGACGCCUUAUUCAAUCAUUUGAGCUCCUCACUCCCCCUGGCGUCAAGAAGAUCGACCUUACUGAGACGGGGGGUCAGUUCAGUCUUCGUAUUGCUAAUCACUCAACUGUGGUCGCCAGACCUCUUGCCGUCUAGGUUUGCAUUUUUUGUGACAGCAUAGGAAUAGGUCUUAGUUCUUUGAGGUAUUCUGAGGUCGAAUUGAUCAGAACGAUCUCUUACAAAAAGAAAAAUUUGUUGUAGAAUAUCCUGCAGCACCUACCUUCUGGAAUUGCACUGGAUUGAAUUCUCAUCUGGACUAAUACUAGUAUGUAGAGUACAGAAAUAAUCGGUCCUUCCACUCACGUGCCAAGGCACUUAGUAAAAAAAACACUUGUGCAUCCCUUUGGUUAAAUCAUAAUACUGGUCAAUCAUUUGCAAUUCUCCUGCA